AAAGGAGUCUAAUUUUCCUUUUCAAUCUAUUAUGCAAUAAUUAAAAAGAAAACAUGCAAUCAGGACGAAUUAUUAAAAGUCUUCCAUUAAAAGGGACGGGCAGCGACUUCAUAAUCCAUUGGAAACACCAUAAGAAACGGACUUGAACCUUUGGUCAAAAUGAAAUUGGCCAUCAUCCAAAUCACACACUCUCUGACAGAUGUUUUCCCCUUAUUUCCCAACCCUUCUCUGCCGGGUCACGAAAAAAUCGACGAUACCGGGAUAUAUUAAGGGACAAUGACACGAUUCGUUCCCUAUUCGUAUGCGGAAACCGUGUCCCAAGGGGUGUUGUCUCGUGAACCUUAAUUGGAUUGAAACAACAAGGGUUCGUAAGGGUGUGGAGGUUUAUCUUUAUAUUCGUACUUUGUUCGGUGCUCUUUCUUUUUCGAUGUUUUGCUUCAUUAUUCAGUGUGGUUUUAUAGGUAAUCCGUGAAUGGGGGAAGAGUUACGAAUAGGGAGUGUAAAGGUAAAAUGAGGGUGGUUUUAUGUACUCUGAUUUUUCAUCAUUUAUUUUGAUCUUAUAUAAAUUCCUUCCAUACAAUUUUAUUUAUUUUUUCAUCUUCGUACAUAUAAUGGAAGAUUGGGAUAAUUUGUAUAUUUUUUGAAACUUUAUUCAUCGAUCUUUACUUUAUUCUCUUUUGAAACUUUAUUCAUCGAGAGGCUGUUACUAUUACAAAUCAACUCAGAUUUCUAUAUCCCAUCCUUCCAACGUGUUUAAACACGAAAGAAAUGCCCAUUCACAUUCUCUUCGCGGUCUAACAAAAUUUCACAAGACAAUCCCCGAGGAACAAGUUUAUUUCAAAAGUUCGUACAAACUUUCCUGUGUACACAAAUAAUCCAGUUGGUUGUUCAAGCAGAAACCAUUUACUAAAUUACACAAGUACCAUGCGAUCUGCUGGAGAACGGGUCCGGUAUUGGUCGAGUAGUUUCGAACCAGCGACGGCUGCAACCAUGGCCAAGCACUUGACCUUCACCAGCCCGUGAACCCAGCCCCAAAAUUUACGACCGGGUCCUUUUCUCCACCCUUUAACCACCCUCUCUCUCACACCAGUAGGGUGGUGUUCCAGCGCUGUGUCUCUGUUCGCCAAAGGAUUCGCUCGGUUGUUUUAUCCUCGUUGCACGUGGAACGUGGUGCACCGAUCGAUCGUCGGUUGCACCGUCGACGAAGGGCGCAACGACGUUUCCCGCUUCGACGGCGUCCAAUGCGACCGAGUCGCUUUUCAAGCUGCACCCUGAAAAGUCAUCAACAUUGUCACAUUGUUGGACGAAAUAUCCAGUAGCCCAACAUGUGCACCCAUAGUUCUUCCUUUGUGUCGUUUUCCUAUGUACAUUUUAUUUUUUCAAAGGAAAAUUUGUUUUCAUUGUCUUCGUCGAUGCUAGUGAUUCUUCUUAAAUGAAUCGUUUCAACACGAUUCAAAAAACGAACAUUUUUAAUUACUCUGCCCUGAUUAGCUGAUAACGCUACCGCGUGGUACGCUAUUAUUAUACUAUUCAUUCACAGCUACCUCGAGGUUUCAAUGCAUCUGAAAUGUAAGGAGAAGAAUGCAUUUCGAUGGUACUGUUCGAACGUCAGACGACGCCGAGCGUCGACCGGACGACGAUUGCGCACCACGUGGCUUUACGUUCGCGCCAGUAGGGGGAAAUAGGGGUUGACUGCGCCUGGCGAGGAGUAAGGGCAGGCGGCGCGGAGUGGGGGUUACUGGCGCGCAGGUUACAGCCGACUCGUUUUCCCCCACUUCUCGGCGUCGUGCCUCCCGUAGGAAGAGCAGUGGCUUCAGUCGGCACGCGGCGUCGCGACUCGUCACAUUGUACACGUUUAUCCACCGAUGAAUCGGAAUUUUUGCUCGUGACCUACGAACCUGAUACAACAUCGUGACACAGAGGGAGGUUUUCUGUCGUUCAUCUUCUUCCAUGGCCUUCCAUCUGGACAUUCCUUGGGGUUGGAAUCACCGGUGUCCUUGGACGACGCGACGUUCCCGUUCAACGAACGAAAGGCUGACAAGACGUGGAACAAUUGACUGUAUUCUUUAAUCAGAGGGCAAGUUGGAGGCAAAGGUGAGGAGGCUGGUCAAACGGUGAAACAUUGAAUGAAGAAAACGUGCCAAGGUUGAACGCGUUAUCGAAAUCGAAGAAUUUCCGGCUUCCAAUCCGACGAGCAAACGUUUGUCUUAAACAGCUGCUCGUUUUACGUGGAAUUUAUCCUCGAUUGAAAUAGAAGAUACACGGGAGGUCGAAUUUUACUAUGGCACUGGGCGACCCUUGUAGAAAUACGAAAGGAAACGAUCAAUGUCGUUUUGCAGAACGUUUUCUCAUCGACGUGAGAAAGGAUCGCGUGGUACGUCGAAAUUACCAGGCUACCGUCGACUAAUUGCAAUUUCACGGAGUUUCCGUCACCCUGGUCGGACGCGUCAUGUCGUCCUACGAGGGACACGUUUACGAGCGGAAUCUUACUUGAAUACGUCAGUGGCAAAGGGGAAACACGGGGCUUUGGUUGCUUGGAAAUUAAAAUGUCAACGCCCGCCACGGACCCACUGCCGUCCACCGUUUCCGGGGAAUUGACGACCACUCUCAUACCGACGGUUACCAAAAUCGAUACGCGGCUGGACGCGAAUCCUAUAUCGGUCGUUUUGGCGGUGUCGAUAGUCUGCAUUUUAUCACCAAUCACCGUCACCGGAAACUCGAUCAUCUUGGCCGCCUUCUAUAGGUACAAGAGGCUCAGGACUGCAUCCAAUUACUUGCUGGUCUCUUUGGCAGUCAGCGAUUUUGGGGUCGGAGUUUUCAUGCCGUUUGGGAUGCAGCUCGAGUUAUCUGGUCUACCGGAAAAUGGCGUAUCCACGUUGUGCAUCAUACCGUACUGCAUUGUCAUUGCACUAUGCAGUGUGAGCGUGUUGGUGACGGUAGCGAUCGCCGUGGAUCGGUUGACUUCGUUGGCACAACCCCUCAGGUACAAGAACAUCAUCACUCACAGCAGCAUUGAGAAAUACAUCGCCGUGUUCUGGAUCUACGCGAUCGCUGUUGGCCUCUCGCCUUUGAUCUACGCCGAACUGACCGGUGAAACCGAUCAGCACACUGGCAAUUGUAGAUUCGGCGCGGCGGUGCUACCACCUGUGAGGGUGUUCCUGGUGGUUGCAGUAUGGGCGCCCAGUGCACUCGUCCUUCUCGGUUGUUACAUGUACGUGUACCUGGUGGCACGUGCACACGCGCGUGCCAUUUAUACCGUGGAACUGUCGUUCAGGCAUCAAACGCAGACCCUGCCAUUGCCACGUUACGGCCAAACCUUGGCUGUCACAGUGGGGGCGUUCCUUAUCCUCUGGCUUCCCUUCCAGACUUGCAUGCUGUUGGAUAUUUUCUGCGGUACCAAUAUCCUCUCCGAAUGGACAGUGGUGUGGCUCGGUCUACCCAUCAUGGCUCACAGCGGCGUAAACCCGUGGAUUUAUGCUUUCCAUCACGGUGAAAUGAGAGUGGCGGCAGGAAAAAUCACCGAGGAGUUGGUCGCGUUGUUCGGCGUGACGCCCAGUCGUUACGGUUGCUCCCCGAUGAGGCGGGGCUCGAACACCAACAUGGAAUUAGCCGAAGUGAAUAACAGCAACGAGGCUAGACGGCAUCCCGUGGAGGAUUGUUUCGCCGCCAAGCAAAACAGCAAUUUAUACGCGAGUAGAAGAUGCCUCGAGGUAUCCGCCAGACACACCGACAUCUCUCCGGAGAGAAACGUCGAUCGUACAUCGUCGAGUAGCAAACAAGAGGACAUCGUCGAAGAAGACAUCCACGAUUUGACGAAAAUGUUGGAUCUAAAGUAUAUAAUCGAUCGGAAUCACAUGAUCGAUUCGAAUCACAAUAUAGAUAAGAUCAAGAACAUCAAGUACCUGUUGGAUCCGACGUUCAACAAGAUCAGACACCUGAGAAGGUUGAAUCACAAGAGGCUAACGAGUAAAAAUUUCUCGAAUCCAUCCGAACCAAAGUUCACCUCUUAUCAAAAUUUGAAGACCGAUGGUACCUUGAAGGCUACUCAGAUGAACACCAUGUCGGAUCCAGUGUUAAGCGCCGAUAGUCCUCUGAUGCAUACCAAAGAAUUUAACGACACCCUGAGUCCUGUGGCCAGCAAACGAAGAAACUCGAAUCUCUGCUCCAUGUCAGAUUCUAAUAUCAAAGCAGCGACCGGUCUCUCUUCCGAAGUAACUCUAAGACUCCCAAGCGAUCGAAACGUGACGGAUACUCAUAGAUAUUCCGUUCAGAACUUGGAUCACAGCAGAUGCGAAGGUGGAUUGGCUAAACACGUUAUGUUGUCCAGACAGUUGGAAAGUCAUAAGAGGUUCCAGAUACAUCCACGUCCCCGAGUGAAGAUCAAUAAUAGCUUCGAUCGAACUAGUCCAAACUUGAAUUUGAGGCUUCAGAAUAGUUACACGUCGCCGUCAACGCCGGACAGCGCGAGGUCCAGUCUAUUGAACAGUCCGAGACAGAAGACAUCGCCUAAACACAUGACGAUCAUCUCGAACAAAUUAGCUAAUCUCGUUAAUACCACGGAAUCGAGAGCGGAUCCUUCCAUGGUGUUGCAGAUCAGAAGAAACAUGGAGAUACUGAAACAUUCCGAAUCGAUCAAUACCAUCGAACCGAUGAGCCACCUGAGGCUGUUGGAACCUUACAAAAUAAUGGAAACUCUGGCUGUACCCGCGAUACACUCGGAACCACCGAGUCCUAUCGAUCCUCUUCCUCUAGCCUCGCUGGAGGAGGAGGACGCGAGGAACACGGAAACGUCGAAGCCUUCCGUUAAUAUAGAUCGCUCGAAAUCCCCGUUGGGCAACAGGAGGAGUCCGGUUAGACACUCGGAUCCUGUGAUACCAUCCGUCUUGCUAAACAUCGAGGAUUUCAGCGAGGAAAACGAACACACCAAAGAUAAAUCUAGUCACGAGACCUCCUCGAACAAUGUAACCCCCCCGGGUCAGCUAGCAUCGAUGGAGCCUAUAGAUCUAUUCGAGGCUCUAUUGAAGAACUCCGAGAGAUGCAGAGAAGGAAGACUACCGGAACCGAUCUUCACCGAACACGAUUCAACGAGAUUCAGCUCCAGAAGACCGUCGGACUCGAAAUGGUCCGAGUCGUCGAGAAGUCAGGAAGUGUUGUCAAACGUGGUGACGGAUCAUCAAUCGUUUCCCUGCUCGUACUCCGUGAACAAUUUCCAAGUGUGUAACAGUGGCAGCGACCUGAACGAUCUCACUUCCUUGGAUCCUUUCAUGUGUCCCGACGCGUUGACCUCGUCCUUGAGAGAGUCCUUCUUCAGCGCACCUUCCGUACCUGAUUCCGAGAUAUUCACGUCGUUCGAGGAGAACGACGAGUCCAUAUUAACGCCGGACUCCGAACGAGACACGUCGUCACCGUACGAUUCGACGUCGACGAUCAACCCGAAGAGGUCGACCAUCGAGGCUGAGCUGCAGAGUAAAUCUACGGAGGCUGUGUUUCGUAACAGAUGCCUGUCGACCAGGUCUUGCAUCUUGCGAUUAGAACCGUCCUUACAUCGAAGUAGGUUGAGAGUCAAGACGGGGGCGGAUUAUAUCCUGAAGGACACGUCCAUGAAGAAGAACCCACGCUUGGCACCACUGGCUAUUCCUACGCCAACCGAAAUUUGUACACCCACCUUCGAGUUUGUAUCGGAGAUCAAAGGUGACAAUGGUGUCGGUGUUCGGGUGUAGAAUUCUGGAUCGAGUCUGAAGGGUUUAUUUAACGGGGAUGAUGGAAUCCUCUAAAGGACUGGUUCGUUGAACUCUUUUUAGCAUGUAACUCGUUGUAUUUAAAGUGAUACGAUUACGUCGCGUCUGUAUUUUUAUAUAACAGUUCGAGAGCCUGCUGAAGAAAUUGCUCUGUCUAUCCUGUUUAACCCUUUCGCUGCUAAGGGUUACCUGGAACUCCCCAUUGUUUCGUGAUACUUGAUACUUGGAAACAUAUUUGCGACGUUACCUUAUUGCAAAUAUAGGUUUACGAAGGAUAUCGUUUUAUUUAUGUUGACGCGUUAAAAAUGUUUAUCAACGGAAGCAUAGCGAAAGGGUUAAGGGAACGUACUGAGAUAAAAAAAAGAAUCAUAGGUUAACGUGAAACGAUGGAAGCGAAUCUUCAAGUUGGACUGUGAUAGUACGACGUGUCUUUAGCGGGAUUAUAGAACAAUCGCGUAAGAAAGGAAACUGUAUAAUGGUAGCUUUAACGAUAAUUAAUCAUUUGACUCCUGCAGAACAGUUAUUCACGAACGAAGGAAUUUUCAGAAUAAGCGUUUACUAAUUUACAACUUGAUUAAUGCGUUUAGUAUCAACGUUCAGAUAGAAAUUUAUUCAUGAUAGAUCACUUUCUUUUUUUAUUAGAAAAUAAUAUCUAUUAUUACAGAUCAUGCAUCUCGUAAGAUUAUAUGACAAAUUUAAUUAAUUACAAACAAGGGUGUUAUCCUUCUAAUUAAAAAUUUGUUUUCAUCUAGAAUAAUUAAAAUUCUGAGGAGUCUUAGGAUCAACAUCGUAGUAUAAGUUUGUAUUGGUACACUUGAUACGAUAUAAAUGAAAAAUUCAUAUUGCCAGGGAAGAAACGAUGACAAGUGUAAAUGAUUAAGUUGAUCCUCGGAGGGCGGACCAUGGAGAGAGCCUCAAUUUUCAUUUUCUAAACUUUACAUUGUUCUUUUAACAAUUAUUCUUGCAUAUCCUUGAGUAUGUUCUGUAAGUUUGGAUCUCGAUUGACCCAGAUUCCGCUAUUUAAAGGUUAAUCGUUUUACUGGCACAGUGUACUCGCUAUUGAAAACGUUGAAUAUAUCGAGAUAGCCCGAUUUUUAUUUACAUAUGAUUGCCUAAAUUGUAUUUAGGAGAGUUUGUAAGGAGUUUUUAGUCUAUUCCGAGGCUUUGGAACGAAUUACGCAGGAUAUUUCCUGAGAAAAACAGAACAAAGGUAGUAAAUUAUGGACUACAGCUUGUGUACCUGAUUAAACUUGAUAAUUUGCAAGCGAACAAAGUUUUCUCGUGAUCUCAGAGAUGACGUACAAUCCACGUACGCGGAUGAAAAAUUAAGGAAACGAUUACAAAUGGUACUUGUUUUUGCACAACCAACGAAAUCUGUCCUUUGGAUUUUCUCAGUUAUGUUCUACUCUUUCAUUUCUAGUCACGAUCGAUCGCGUAACCAUAUCCAUUUUAAUUUAACGCACACGACAAACUUCGUAAUGGACUACCGGUCGCAUAGUGAUAAAACCUACCAAAAAAUAUGGCAAAAAAUGAAGAAUGCUUUUGGAAUAAAAAUAUUCGUCCAAAGAAA